AUGUUGGUUAAACGUAUACUUUUACUCGUCUUGACGCUACUAGGGUAUUGGUGUGUCCAAAUUCUAGGGGACGAGGCGCGAGUCAACAUAGUUGACAGUGUGUCUCUUGAGCAUCAUGAAGCUGUGCCUCCCAAUCCCGAUGCUCAUCCGGCCUCAAACGAACCUGUAGUUAUUCCAGUGCAUCAUUCCGGCCCGACCCGACAUGAAAACGAACUACCAAAUAAAAACCAACACGAUGGACACAGUCAGCGUUACCAAGUGGCAAAAGUUGACUUUCCUCACGUUUCAACUCCGUUUAUAAUCUCCUUAUGGAUUUUCAUCGCUGGCUUAGCCAAAAUAGGUUUUCACGUAACCCCAAAGAUCCACCUCAUUUGUCCGGAGAGCUGUCUGCUUAUUGUUGUAGGUGUCCUUAUUGGCCUACUUCUGUUCUACACAGGCUUUCACAGCGUGGAACACCUCACUCCAGAUGUCUUCUUCCUUUAUAUGCUUCCGCCUAUCAUUCUGGACGCUGGCUACUUCAUGCCCAACCGACUUUUUUUUGACAAUAUGAUUUCCAUUCUUAUUUAUGCCGUGGUAGGAACAGUAUGGAAUGCUUUGACCAUCGGGUUAUCUCUGUGGGCUAUUGGUUUGACUGGUCUAUACGGGGUGGAGCUCCCUCUAUUGGACACUCUUUUGUUCAGUUCGAUAGUCUCGGCUGUGGAUCCUGUAGCGGUCUUAGCAGUUUUUGAAGAAAUCCAGGUGAAUGAAGUGCUGAACAUUUUGGUGUUUGGAGAAUCUUUAUUGAAUGACGCAGUCACAGUGGUUUUAUAUCACAUGUUCGAGGGAUACACUGAAAUGGGGCAAGAAAAUCUCAUUACCAUCGAUUACAUCGCUGGAGUUGCUUCUUUUUUCGUGGCAGCGCUAGGUGGAGCUCUCAUCGGAAUCAUUUGGGGUGUACUGGCCGCAUUCAUCUCCCGGUUUUCUCAUCACGUGAGGAUCAUCGAGCCUCUGUUUGUCUUUGUUUUGGCCUAUCUGGCUUACUUGAAUGCUGAGUUGUUUCACCUUUCUGGAAUUGUGGCUCUGGCUUUCUGUGGUAUUACAAUGAAGAACUACGUAGAAGAAAACAUAUCCUACAAGUCCCACGUGACUGUCAAGUACACCAUGAAGAUGCUGGCAAGUUCCUCGGAAACAAUUAUAUUUUUGUUUUUGGGUGUUUCUACUGUAAACGACGAUCACGAGUGGAACACAUGGUUUGUUGUAAUGACCAUUUUGUUCUGUACACUAUAUCGGGCGAUCGGUGUAAUAAUACAAACUUGGUUUCUAAAUCGUUUUCGACUGCAUAAAAUUAACAAAGUUGAACAGUUUAUAAUGGCGUACGGUGGUCUUCGAGGUGCUGUUGCCUUUGCCUUGGUCCUCGUCAUCUCUGAAAAUGUCAUUCCCACUAAAGCUAUGAUGGUCACAACAGUAAUCGCAGAAGUGUAUUUCACCGUCUUUAUUCAGGGAAUGACAAUCGGGCCUCUUGUAAGAAUAUUAAAUGUGUCAACUAGUCAGAAAACCAAACUCUCCAUGAACGAAAGACUACAUACAAGAUUAAUGGACUAUCUGAUGGCUGGAAUAGAGGACAUCUCUGGACAUCCAAUGGGGAACUAUCAUCUUCGAGACAAGUUUAAAUACUACAACAACAAAUAUAUCCGUCCGUUUUUGACUCGAGAUCACCAUGUGCGAGAACCAAAGAUUUUUGAGACUUAUUCCAAGCUGAACAUAGCGGAUGCUAUGAACUUAGUUCAAAAGAAUGGAAACAUGCUACCUACCAUGGGAAAAGAUAUGAAAAUGUCCCUUUCAACAGUCUUCCGUUCUUAUACACAAACCAGCUUCCCGAAGCCAUUGUCCCGUUCAAAUUCAGCUAUUCCACAUUAUGAUACCAGCGUUAUCAACCUGGACUGGGGCGAGUUGGAAUACUCGCCGAGUACAAAAGAUUUGAAUGAUGCAGAACUCCAUCACAUUCUAUCAGACGCCAUGUUUAAACCCCCACUAAGGGCUCAAAGAUGCUGUCGUGAUCAAAUAGACGAAUCAACUCCUCACAGACUUCAUCAUAAACUUCGUUUACCAAUUCGCCAUUUGGAGAGUGAGAAAAAAACAAGGAAAAAGAUUCGUAAAAUUAAUCACCAUUAUAAUGGAAAAGAGGCCAACUGUCAUCAUAAGUCAAUAGAAAAAAAGUGGAAACUGAACGACUUAAGACCCUGCAAGAUUCGAUUCAAUCUUCCUGACAACCCAUCAGAAACAUCAGAGAUGGGCACUCAAAGGAAAACCUUUUCUCCUCAAAGCUCAUUUCAUGCCUUGACGCCAGAAGAUGAAGUUAUUAUGUUCUCGGCAAAGUCAGGAGAUGCUGAUAUAUCUGAGGCAGUUACCCCACCAAUAUCGAGAACUGUCACUGAAACCACACUUCCAUGGAAGCGAGAAGACUGUGUGGAUGGAAACUGUGUCCGAAGACAACAAGAAUUCCCUCCUUGGAUAGACAAUAAAGAUUAUCAUUUGUACUCAUCACCAACAAACACUUUUCUGAAGAAACUUCGACCUGAUGAAGAAAAGACCAAAGAUGUAUUCACCAUUUUUGAGUUAAAUGCCAGGCUCAGUGAGGAAGCAAGUAAUAGUGAUGUUGAUAUUAAGGCCAGUGCCAUUGCUAAGCUUAAUCCUGCACAUUUCAGAAGUAAACAGAAGCAAGACAAUGUAGCAAUUAGAGUAAGCCAGGAUUCUGAUGAAGAGGUUUACACUACAGAUUAUGAAAUGGAUAGCCCCACAUCAUCACAAAAUAUACAAAUAGCAAGUACAAAAGAUGAUAGUACAGACCAAAGUAAGGAGGCCAAAAAAUGUGUAAUUAACAUUGUUGAAAGCGAGACCACAAUAAGUAAUGCAGAAACUAAACUUUAG